CUUGGAACCUUGCGGCAUUUGAUCAAGAUUAAUUUGCUGAAAGGAGAAGGGCAUUUGCAAGGCCUGCAUCAAGCAGUUACCAAGGAGUUCGUGUUUGGCAGGUCCAGGCUGUUUCUACACCCCACAUUGUAUUGGGGUUUUCGUGGCCAAGUAUCAACUAUCUGUAUACUAACGCUGAAACCCCCAUAUAAAAUGGGAGCGAUUCCCAUCUUCUUCGUUUCUUCACUUUCUCUAUCAUGGCCCCCCAUCCGUACAAGAUCCUCAAUGUCGAGGAGACACGCGUUGCCCGCGAUGUCAUCCUCUCUCUCCAUUCAGAUGUUGUCAUCGACUUUCGAGAGAUAUUUCUCCAGGAACCGGCGAAAGAGCUCAUGAAGCAGUAUCUCGAGCUCGAACAUGCCGCACUGCCAGGGCAGUCAGCAGCCUCAAAGAGACCACCCCGGUUAGCCAGAGUCCAGUACGAUGUCAUUGGCACAGACAAAGUACCAGUGUACAAUGAGUCCAUCAUUGAUAUCGAACAAAAGAAGAGAGUCAAGCAUGAGGUUGUGGGCACGGACCUCGGACAUGCUAGUUUGACGUUGUGGGAAUUCGAGCACCUGGUUGGAGCGUGUGAAAGGAGUGAGGAAUUUCAGGAUGCGGUCAAAGAGCUCAACCUACCAGAAGGAUUUGAACUGGUCAUUGAGCCAUGGCCAUACGGUGGGAUGGAUGCCGACGCGGACAAUCAAAGAUACUUCCAGGGAUUAUGCAUGGCUCAAGAUACCAGGAACAAGAACCCUGACUCUAACUUUUAUGGUUAUCCGAUUCCCCUGAUUCCUGUUAUGGACUCCCACACACGAGAGAUCGUUCGUGUCGACCGCCUAGCAACAGGUGGGAAAGGGGAUAGUCUCACAGGAAAGACGCAUUCUGAGAAGAUUCUCGACCACUGCCUAAGUGCCGAGUAUGUUCCUGAAUUGCUCGAGGGCGGUGUCCGAAAGGACGUGAAGCCUAUCAACAUCACACAGCCAGAAGGCCCCUCGUUCACUGUCACUGAUGAAUCGCUGGUCGAGUGGCAGAAGUGGAGCUUCCGCGUUUCAUUCAACCCACGUGAGGGUGCUGUUCUGCACGACAUCCACUACGAUGGGAGGAGUAUUCUCUACCGCAUGAGCAUCAGUGAGAUGACGGUGCCAUAUGCUGACGCCCGGGCGCCUUUCCACCGCAAGCAAGCUUUCGACUUCGGCGACGGAGGUGCAGGGAACUGCGCCAACAACCUAUCCCUCGGCUGUGAUUGCCUUGGUGUGAUCAAGUACUUUGACGCUGUCAUUGUCGGCUCCGACGGCCUUCCAAAAGUGCAUCCCAAUGUUAUCUGCUUACAUGAGCAGGAUAACGGUAUUGGAUGGAAACACACCAAUUGGAGGACAGGACGUGCAGUUGUCACCCGCAUGCGAGAGUUGGUCGUCCAGUUCAUCAUCACACUCGCGAAUUACGAAUACGUCUUCGCCUACAAGCUGGACACUGCAGGCGGCAUUACACUUGAGGUAAGAGCAACGGGCAUCGUUUCUGUUGUGAACAUCGACCCCGGCAAGACAUCAGACUACGGAAACGUCGUCUCGGGCGGCGUCCUGGCACAAAACCACCAACACAUCUUCGCAGCGCGCAUCGACCCCGCGAUCGACGGCCACAAUAACACUGUCGUCUACGAAGAGUCCCACGGCGUACCCAUAAAUCCCAAAACAAACCCCAACGGCAACUUCUACGAGAUCCGCAAAACCGUUGUUGAGCAAUCCGCCGGCCUGGACGCCAACCCCACCGAUCACCGUGUCUUCAAGAUCAUCAACCCGGCCAAGAAGAAUCCCCAUAGCGGAAACCCCGUCGGCUACAAAUUCUCACCCCUGCCGACGCAGAAAAUGCUCGCUGCGCCCGGCUCCCUCCAGGCGCAACGCGCGCUGUUCACUAACCACCACGUUUGGGUGACAAAGUACCAGGAUGACGAGCUGUAUGCUGCUGGGCGGUAUACGUUGCAGAGUAAGGUGGAGAAGGGCGGUGUGCAUGAUAUGGUUGCGCGGAAAGAUGAUGUUAUCGACGAAGAUCUCGUUGUGUGGAAUGUCUUUGGCUUGACGCAUAACCCGAGAGUCGAGGACUGGCCCGUCAUGCCUUGUGAGAUCUAUCAAGUGCACUUCAAGCCAAGUGAUUUCUUUAAUCGGAACCCGGCAAUUGAUAUGCCCAGUUCCAAAAAUAAUGCGUCGGUGCUGGUGGAGAAAGAGAAAGAGAAAGACUGCUGUGGGAAGCUCUAAGAGGGCUGAAUGUGAUUUAAUGUGAGCACUGGUUUGGAAGGGGUAUCAGUGGUUAAAAUUCUUAUGUGAUCUAUAGCAUAUCUACUUAUUAAUUGUAUGGGUGGAUCGAAGAAUAUGAUGAGUAGUACGUAUUUACUUGAGCGUUUUGAACAUGGCAUGUAGUUGUUCACUAUAUCAUCAGUGGUAGUCACACAGUUGCUGAUUUUGGAGCAUGCGAGUAUAUUCGAGGACUGCAUUAUCCCG